CAGUUGGAGUGCUAUAUAAACAAUCCAGAUUUGAUGGUUUAGCCCAUUCUCCUGGAAACCACAAGGAAAUCACGUGUUCGUGGUUCUGUGAAAGGUUACCAUGAGAUGGUUUAUUUUUGGAUUGCUGAAAUGCUAUCGGUAUCUAAUUCCAACUGCCUGGAUUUAAAGCCAAGCCGUUGCAAAGCUGCGUGCUGUGGUAUUGGAGCAAACUUGGGAGCAUCAGCUUGCGAGAGCGAUCCUGCGGCAGUCGUGCGCUGGGAAUCGCAAAAGCGAUUCAUCUGUUAGCGAAUGAUGCCUGCAUUUUAAGAGGAGCCGGUCCCUUUCGCCAGGCGAAUUCAGAGGGGCAAAUUCUCAUUUCAGAGUGUGCACCUGUAAAUUACAGCUUUUCCACCGAUCCCCAUCGACGAAGUCCAAGCUGUAUACUCAAGCGUGGGAGCUCCUAUUUAACGGUGUCCAUUCGAUUAUUGGGAUGAGCUGAAUGUGGCUUUGGAAACCCGGGGAGUGAGGUUUCGAAGAGCGUUCUUGUUUAUUUGGGAGGCUUCUGAUGCAUUCGGGAGAAUGAUCUCCCGGACCCCGGUUGCAGUCCAGCUUUAAGCGUGCCCGGCUCUUUUUUGGAGAUGUGGACGUUUAUGAUGUAACCAGAUCGCUGCGAUCUCCAUCUCAGUUUGCUGGGGCUGCUUUGAAAGCCUGGCUGGCUGGGAGAGCAGCUUCAAGUGAUGUCAUCCUACUCCCGCCGAGCGAGAGCUGGCUUCGUUGCAUCAGCACCCUGGACAGCUCCAAGUGCUGCUCCCUGCUGCCACUGACUGCGCCGAGCCCGGAGAGGCAAAACUAACGUGCACUUCAACUCGCCCCAUCUCUCCUGCAACGCGUGGAGAAGGCCAGUUGACAUACAACAUCCUCCAAUGGGUCUGAAGCAUCUGAGGCAAUGAUUUCUAACUGAUGCAUUUUCUUUUUUUGCUCUCUCCCCCUUCUUCUGUUCAAAAUGCAUGCAAAUUACAUGGUUUUCUAGCCUGCAGGCUGGAUUUGCAGAGAGGGGAACUACUUAUGGAUGAGCUGCCGCCACGCUCUCUCGACCACAUUGCCCCGAGUAGAGGGAAACCAAUCUCCGCUGUGUAUUUUCGAAUACUGCACAGAUUUCCGAUCUCAGUGUAAAACAAAAAUUGCCCCGCAUGUUUGAUCCCGAAUGCAACAGUAGCCCGGGUCAGUGAGAGUGGACUGUGGCCGGUAACUGAUUUAAGGAUUAUUGGAACUGUGUGAUCUCUGUAACGAGCGAUGGCAAAUGAACCAGUGAUUCUCAAUGUUUACGAUAUGUAUUGGAUUAAUGAGUACACAUCCACUCUUGGAAUCGGGGUUUUUCAUUCUGGUAUUGAGGUCUAUGGAAGAGAGUAUGCCUAUGGUGGUCAUCCCUACUCUUUCAGUGGAAUAUUUGAGAUCACUCCAGGAAAUGCGACUGAGUUGGGAGAAACAUUCAAAUUCAAAGAGGCCAUCGCUCUCGGCAGUACAGACUUUGCAGAGGAGGAUGUCGACAAGAUUAUUGAAGAGCUUGGAAAGGAGUUCAAGGGCAAUGCCUACCAUCUCAUGCAUAAGAACUGUAACCACUUCUCGGCAGGCCUGGCAGAGAUUCUGUGUGGGAAGGAGAUCCCUCGCUGGGUGAACCGGUUGGCGUACUUCAGUUCGUGCAUCCCGUUCCUGCAGAGCUGCCUCCCCAAAGAGUGGCUCACGCCUGCGGCUCUGCAGAGCCACAUCAGCAGCCAGGGUCUAAACAAGGACGAUCACAGCGACUCAGGAAACGAGGCAGCGUCCCCUUCCACCUCGGCCUCGGCAGCGACCGCUUCAGGAACGACCAGGACCUGCAGGCACACCCGUGUCUAACCCGGGCCCCUGAACUGCGGUUUCUCUGACGCUUUUUCCCUCAUUUCCCCCCACCCCUUCUCAAUUUUUCAUAUCCGUCUGUUUUUUGUAGACGUCCCGUCGGAGACUGUGAAGCACAGGGUGGAGAGACGUCGCAAGUGCGAGGGACAACUAAGUGACCCUAGAGGACAUUGACAGUAGGGCAUUAGGCGAACCAAACGCCACGUCCCAGACGCUAGUCCAGAAAUUUUCAACAAUUUUAAUGGCGCACGUUUCACCUUGACAGCCAACAUUUUUCUUCACCUGAAAUCUCCAUCAAUCAAACUUCUGUCAAUUGCAGCGUUUGAUCAAGAAGAAUAUCUAGCAGCGUUGAGAAGGCUUGGAGAGUGAAACAAUCUGAUGCGAAGGAUUCAUAUCACGUAGGCUUUUGCCCCUUUUUGUUCAAUGAUGGUACAGUAUUCCUUUAAUCAGAUUUCGGACCUCAGUCCAAUGAACUCUGUAUAGGGAGUAGGGAGUACUCCACUGGAAUACUUACAUGGGUACCUACUGACCAGGGAAGUGCACUGACAAACAGAAACAGGUACUGUAUCUGUCACACAGAUAGGGGGUACUGUUACACAUACCCACACACUAAACUAACACACAGAUAAAGGCACUAACACCCUUACACUGUAUGGACAUGAAGACAACCAGAGGUGCCAUAUUGCACACAGUCAUAGAAGGUCAUUGCACUGGCAUGUGGAUGGAAGGUAAUGACACAGACAGGGAAACGUUGCUGACACUCAGAGUUACUGCUGUGAGCAUAUAGACAAGGGAACUAUGGGCUGAUGUACUAACAUAUAGUCAGGGAGCACAGACAGGAGAACUGUACUGACAGACAGAUGUACUUUACUGACACUGAGGGAUACGGGACUGAUACAAACAUGUAUACUGCAUUGACACAGGGGAUCUGCACUUAUUCACAGACAGGAAUAGUGUACUGACACAGACAGGGAACUCUACUGAAUCACAGUCAGAGGUAUUUAGCUGUAUUGGUGCAUGGACAGAGGUACUGUACCGACCCACAGGGAGGGCAAAUGGACUGACUCACAGACAGAAGAACUGUACUAUCACAACGUCAGGGGUAUUAUACUGACACAUCAACAAUCAGAGAUGCUAUACUGGCAUGCAGACAGUAGGAAGCCAUUGAACUGUCACAGACAAGGUUACUCUGCUGACACACAUAUAGGGUUACUGUACUGGCAUACAGUAGGCUAUGGAUACACAGACAGGCAUUCUAUACUGACACAAACAUGGAUACUGUACUGACACAGUAAGGAUGCUGUGCUGACACUUAGAUGUAGGAGGCACUAUCCAGACUCAUAGGGAGGGUUCGUACUGGCAUAUAACCAAUCAGACAUGGUGAAUGAUACACAGUCAGCCAGGAUAGCAGACUGAUAAACAUUCAGUAGGAAGCACUUUACCAGGAUAUGGAUAGUACAUGGGAAUCUGACAUGCAGCAAGGUUACAAUGCAGCCAUAAGGACAGUAUGAGUGGCAGUAUUGAAACAAUACUUAUUUUGUUUUACAAUUUAGGAAAAAAUGUGUUGAAUAAAAAUCUGAUGGUGACCAACGUGUGCAAUUGUCAAUAGGACUGAUGAUUCUAAUGAUCUUCUGAUUAAUCUAUUCCACAACAUUUCAAUAACAUUGAAUAGAGCAAGUAAUUUGCCACAUCGCAUCUCUAAACUCUACCCUUGUCUUAACAUUUGCUUGAAGUACAGCAAUUUUGCAUUACAUGUUUAAUAAACCAAGAAAACGGUGGUUCCUUCAGAGUAAUAAAUUCUACUAUGAAUCACUUAACCUGAUGAUGGAUAAAUAUGUCAACUACUUAAACUUUGCAGCUGCUGCACCCACAUUGUCACUUCUGCAAUGAACAUAAGUUUCAGUGCAAUUGUACCUCGGUGAAAAUAGGUUUAAGUGCCAGAUGUGGAAUAAACUGGUGUGUUGUAUAUUCAAUCUGUCUCAGAGCAAUGCAGAGGUGGCAAUAGCUUCUAAGUGUGCAAUAUGUUUAUUCAAAAGAGUUUUAAAAGAUCACUGUAAUCAUAAAAAUGUGUAGAUAAAAUCUCUGGUCAUAUGAUGCGACCAGAACUGAGAUCUCGAGUCUGUGACCCUGCUGAAGUGUUCCAGAGUCUGUCCACAAAGUCUU